AUGGCCACUCCUAAACUGUACCGGAUAAUUCUAAUAAACUCUGAGCAUGUUUAUUUCAACCAAAGAUAUUGUCUUAUAAGACACAAAACUAGGCUGACAAAUUGCAUGAACUCUCCCAUAUUUUUCAUGGUUAUGAUGAUUCAGGGAGCAGUUGGUGACGCAGCUUCUCAGCUUUUUGAAUAUAACUCAUACUUUCUGUUGGAAUGCCCGGAUUCAUCUGAUUUUCCGUGCCCUGUUCUUACUAUAUUGAGUAGGCAUAAUUUUGAUCUUUUGCAGAUGUGCCAUGAAUACUGCAGAGGCAAAGUUGGUGACAGUAUGUCUCAGUGUCAAUGCUGCUAUCGGCAGUAUCCUGUUGAAUGUCUUAAUCCUCGAAAGCAUGCUUCAAAAGAGAAAAGGCUUUGCUCUGAUUGUAUCAAGGCAGAGUAUUCCUCAAGCGGACUGGAGGGCGAGACCCUUUCUGUAGAAUCUGAUGUGACACAAGCGAGAUUUCAUUCAAAAAAUGCACUUUUGGAAGGAAGUCCCCCCAAAAAAUGCAGCCAUGAGAGUAAGGAUUCAUCUUUUUCUGAAAAAUUAACUUUGGAAGAAUUGGACUUUGCUUGUAAAGAUAAGUGCAGUAGCUUAUGCAACAAUUCAGUUGUGAAACGGAAGUUUUCCUCAACACUAAUUACAUGUCGUCGAAGAUCCAAGCAGGAUACCAUUGGGCCAAAUACAAAAUCCAACAUAAAAGCUGGAAAGAGUUCUUCAUUGGCAACAAAGGGAUGUACCUUUGCAUCUGCUCUCUCCACCUGUACAUUUGAAACGCCACCGGCUAAAAGCUGUUCAAAUGAUCAUUCUGAGGAUCUGAAGAAUGGGAAGGAUAUACUUCUGAGGGAUUCCUUUGUUAGGAAUGAAAAAGAAGUAUAUAGUCAAGAAACUGAUUAUAAGUCUGAGUUUCCUGCAUCAGCACCAAAGGCUGAGAUUGGCAUCCAAGUGGAUGAGCAAUUGAAGUCUCUGCAUAAAACAGCCAAUGACACCUCAUGUACUGUUGUUCAACUUAGUUCAGGUUCUCUCAAGUCGACUUCUUUUCAUAGUUAUGUCACCAUGGAUGUUCAAAAAAGUCAUCCCGUAAAUCCAUCAAGAAAAUUAUCAGAUGUUCUCACUGGAGAUUUGGAGCACAAGAUUGUUAAGAGUUUGUCUAAUGAAGAUUUGAACACCACAGAAUUGCCAGCUGAAUUGUCAGGGAAUAAAUGUUCUCAACCAUCUCAGGACCUAUUUGUUGCUGCAUCUGCUUGUGAUAUUGACUGCAAUUUAGCACUGGACUCUGGUUCUGAUGAACCUUAUUUUUAUAAAGUGUCUCCUCGCAGCAAAAAUUUGGAACUUCUCAAUGGAAAAAUUAAGGAGAAUAUGUCAACUCACGAGGCAAGGAUAAUAGAAAGUAGUUGUACUCUUGCGAAACCCAUAGACAAAAGCAAUUAUUGUGUUAAUUAUCCUCAACAGUUCAGGGACAUCGCAUCAAAAAAUAAUUAUCUUCAGUUAUUCCCUGAGAAUAGAAGCCAUGACUUGUUACCAUCAGCAAACACACAGCAGAAGGCCGUCGCUUUUGUGGGAUCGGAAGAAAGGCCUGAGCCUGCUCAAAUCCCCUGCUAUUACAAAAUCUUCACUCUUUCUCAGUUUAUCCCUGCCAAUGGAGUCGACAGUUGCAUUCAAUCCCAUGUUGUAUCAGUGGCCCAAUGUUAA